UUUUGGCUCAUUCCCCCCACUCUUUCCCUCAGCCAUGGAAGGUUUGGGUUUCCUCGACGCCCUCAACUCCGCUCCCAUCCCCGGCAUCAAGAUCAAGAAGAAGAAGAAGGUUCUUUCCCCCACGGCUGCCAAGCCCAGUCCUUUUGAGGGAAAACCAGCUCCUGAAACCAGUUCUGUGAAACCGUCCUCCCCGGAGCCCAGCGCCGCCUCCGAGCCCAUGGAGACCGAUCGACCCGGGACCCCCGUCCCCGCCGUGGAGGUGCCUGAACCCAUGGACACAUGUUCGUCGGAGGUGAGCGGUGACUCUAAAAGCGGCGAAAACGGGUCAGAAAGCGGCCAACUGACUAAAAAAGGGCGAAAGAAGAAAACGGUGAGUUGGCCUGAAGAAAACAAACUUCGUGAAUAUUUUUACUUCGAACUGGACGAGACAGAGAGAGUUAAUGUCAAUAAGAUCAAGGAUUUUGAGGAAGCGGCCAAGAGGGAGAUGCUGAAGGAUCGACACGCUUUCGAGACGGCCCGACGUCUCAGCCACGACUCCAUGGAGGAGAAAGUGCCCUGGAUUUAUCCCAAACUCCUGGAUCUUCCUGCUCCCCUGGUGGUGCCGGGAAGCGGCAGCCGGGAACGGUUCACUCAGGCCGAGAGGGAGAAGGGGAUCCUGCAGGAGAUCUUCCUCUCCAAGGAAAGGUGAGUGGAUCCCUUGGGA